CUGUUCUAUUUUUUACAGGCGCAACACGUACAUUUGGGCCACCAUAAAAAAGUACAAAAUUACCACUUAGAACAACGAAGCAGGUUAACAAUAACCUAUGGAAAAGUAACUAAAUUAAAUAGUCAAGUAAAUGUCACAGCCCUUGUACUGUUUCAACUCAGUAUAACCAAAAAGGGAAGAAAACAACGCAGUUUUUUAACUGGCCCACUUUGAACCCGGGCAACAAGUCCAGCGAUGGCCACCAAGAGACGACCCCUGCGACCGAAUUUGGGCGGCAACCCGGGUGGCUCCUCCUCCUCCUCCGGCUCCAAUAUGAACUUCAGGCCCGGAGGACCCGACAUCACCAGGUCAGAGGCGCGUGGAACCCGACCCACGGCGGCUCCCACUAGCAUCCGCGAGAUCCUGGUCAUGGGCGUCAUCCAUCUGUGCAAGAAGACCAUAUUCUUCAACACCGACCUGAAGGUUGCCCUCUAUCUGGGCAGUCUGUUUGUGAUCUCGGUGAUCGGGGACUUUGCGCCCUUUCCGAAGACCUACUUCGCCAGAUCGGACAACCUGUUCAAUCAAUACUUUGUGAAGGUCGGCUGGGGCUGGACCCUGCUCUUCGUGGUGCCCUUCCUGGUGCUCUCGGCCUACACGAUCACCUGUGGCGACCACAAACGAAUGCUGAGGCACCACUUCCCGCGCAUCGUCAUAGCCACCUUCUUCUGGUUCUUCUGGACGAAGCUCUUUAACAUUGUGGAGAACUCCUAUGGACGCUGCACCACAAAAGGCUUCCAAAGCAAAUCGAGCUGCCUGAAGGCGGGACAUCUGUGGAAGGGCUUCGACAUAUCCGGCCAUGCCUUCAUACUGAUCCACUCCAGCCUGGUGCUGAUCGAGGAGGCGCGUCCCAUCAUCCGCUGGGAGACCAUCAAGGAGCACAUCCGCAAUGAGCGCCACAACCGCAGCUCUGCCGAGAAUUCAGGCACCAAUCCUUUGAGGACCCUCAACGAGGAGCAAAUGCGCAGCCUGCAGUUCUUGUACAAACGCUUGACGCCCAUUAUCCGCACCCUGUUCAUCGGCAUGGCGGCUCUGCAGCUGCUAUGGGACAUAAUGCUGGUGGGCACUAUGCUGUACUACCACCGCAUGAUCGAGAAGGUUAUCAGCGGCAUUAUUGCCAUACUCACCUGGUACUUCACCUACCGCUUCUGGUAUCCCACGCCUGGUCUGCUGCCGGAGGCGCCUGGAAAUGGAAGCUUCAGCUACCAACGCGAGAUACCCACCUUCCCCUUCAAGCGACCCUCGCAUUUAUCAACGGGAGCCGCCGCCACGAGCUCGGGAUCCAACAGCUCGAAGACAAACCUCAACGGCAAGGCGUCAACGACGGGCGUGCCCAGGGAUCAGCAGAUGCCCACUUUUAUGGGUAUGCCGCUGUUCACCAGUCCGAAGGCGGCCAGUGCCGCUGCCACUUUGCUAAUGACCGAGCAGCAAAGGCGGGAGAGGGAUCGUGAGCAACAAACGCUGGAGAGCUGAGCUCCCGUUGGGGAUCCACUUGGCGACCGCAGCAGCCAUCAAGCAUAGCAGGAAUUGAUAAUUAGGUGACGGAUUGGAAUUUAUACCAAAUUUUUGUAUAUUCAGCGACGAUGAAUUAUGACGAAUCAAAGAUAUUACUAAGCAGCCGAGGCUGGCACUGGAUCGCGAUCUGCUCCUCAUUCUCCUCCUCCUCCGCCGACUCUUACCAUGACACCCCAGCAUCCUUCAUCAGCAGUGCGUAGCUUUAAGCGUUCUUAUGUUCGUGUGUUUAUAUGUGCCCAACUUUAACAGUAAAAGGAUUUGUUAACAAA